AUGGCAAGAUACACGUUUGUGUUAGGCAGAGGAGAGGCUAUUCGUGCCAUGGAUUCGGCAAUGCGCGGAAUGUGCGAAGGUGAACAGCGACGUAUUGUUAUCCCUCCAGAAGCGCGAAUGUAUGAAGAUGAAAAUGUUAUUCAGGGAGUUGGACCCGACGACACCCUGUACUACUUUGUUGAACUUCACAGUAUCUUUAGACCCAAUCCUGGCGAGUCUUGGAUGGAAGAUGAUGGACUUUACAUUGAAGUAACACACAAAAUUCCUGAUGACGAAUGUAAGAAGGCCCAGACUGGUGACGUUGUUCAUCAGCAUUACACACUGUUUCUUCGAGACGGAACUUUUAUUGAUUCAAGUGUACAGCGAAAUAAACCUUUUAUUUUCAAACUUGGAGCUAAACAGGUGAUAGAGGGAAUGGAUAGAGCUGUACUUGGAAUGUGCGAGGGAGAACGACGAAAAAUUGUCAUUCCUCCAGAACUCGGUGGGUUUUCUCUUUCUACAACUAGAUUUGUUUGUUGA